AUGCAACCUGCAAUUCAAGUGUGGUUUGGAGAAGACCUGCCUCUAUGUCCACGGAGUCCUCUGACCCCCAGACACGGGCCAGGCUUGGCCGAUGUUUGUCAGUAUGAUGAGUGGGUAGCUGUGAGGCAUGAAGCCACCCUGUUGCCCAUGCAAGAAGAUCUGUCAAUCUGGCUAUCUGGUUUAUUAGGUACUAAAGUUAAGGCAGAAAGAUUAUUGGAAGAACUUGAUAAUGGAGUACUAUUAUGCCAACUGAUUGAUGUUCUUCAAAACAUGGUAAAAGCUUGUGACUCUAAAGAACCCAGGAAUUUUCCAAUGAGAAAAGUGCCCUGUAAGAAAGAUGCUGCCUCAGGUUCAUUCUUUGCUAGAGACAAUACUGCAAACUUCCUUCACUGGUGCAGGCACAUUGGGGUUGAUGAGACUUACCUCUUUGAAUCUGAAGGUUUAGUUUUGCACAAAGAUCCAAGACAGGUGUAUCUUUGUCUUCUUGAAAUUGGUCGAAUUGUGUCAAGAUAUGGGGUUGAGCCACCAGUAUUAGUAAAACUUGAGAAAGAAAUUGAACUAGAAGAGACCUUACUUAAUACUUCUGGGCCUGAAGAUUCCAUUAGCAUUCCGAAAUCGUGCUGUCAGCAUGAAGAGCUGCAUGAGGCUGUUAAACAUAUUGCUGAGGACCCUCCUUGUAGUUGUUCCCAUCGAUUCUCUAUUGAGUACUUAUCUGAAGGACGGUACCGACUUGGGGAUAAAAUACUCUUUAUAAGAAUGCUUCAUGGAAAACAUGUCAUGGUCCGUGUUGGUGGAGGCUGGGAUACACUUCAAGGAUUUUUGCUUAAAUAUGAUCCCUGUCGAAUAUUACAGUUUGCUACACUAGAACAAAAAAUUCUAGCCUUUCAAAAAGGAGUUUCCAAUGAAAGCGUACCUGACUUGUCUGCCAGAACACCUCAGCCUCCUGAAAUGAAUCCUUUGUCAGCUGUUAGCAUGUUUCAGAAACAAAAAUCAAAACCUGGCACGCCAGUUGGUAUUCCAAGAAGCAAAGAAAAGCAGGUACAUCCACCAGGUGGGUUGCUGCCUGCAUCUUCCCUGAAAGGAGGGAAUCUGGGCUCCGUGUCAGUCCGUUCCAAAUUGCCAAAUUCUCCAGCAGCGUCUUCUCAUCUUAAGCUCAAAUCUUCAAAAGGCAUCACAAAGAAACCACAGGCUCCUUCAAACAAUGCAGUAGGUAAAAGCACUUCUUCACCCGCCUCAUCAAGAACCACGCCUUGUGAAUCUCAGUCAGUGAGAAAACGUAUCUCAUCACCCAAUACUCCUCAGGCCAAGCUUGUUACGUCCCAGAAGCCCAGACAUGUGCCUGAGUCUGCACUUUUGCCAAAUAAGUCUUCUGGAAAAACUGAACCAAAGCAUUUGAAACACAUUCCCGUACCUUCCAGGGAUAAUGCAGAGUCUCACUCCGCGGCACAUUCAAAUUCAUCAUCAAAGCGUCCAAAGCCACCUAAGGCAAAUAUAUACGUAAGGCCUAAACCUUCCCCCUCUCUCCAUUCCCCUGCAAAAAUGACAAAAUCCAGUUCUAAAACUAUACCCACAAGUCUAGGAACACGAUCGCAGCCCCGUGAUGGAGCCCCCCAAGCCGGGGCAAUGCCAGCACAGAAACUUAAGUCAGCCUUAAAUGGGAACCAGCCACUCUCCGUAUCCUCAGUUGUACACACAGAAGUUGCACAGGAAUCAAAAGAUAAGAAUAUGGGUUCAGUUGCCAAAAAGCAGCCCCAGAAUAAAAGUCCAUCCCAGAAGAUGGGACCCAGCUCCUCGAAGUCCCCUGGCCGUACUCCACUGUCCCUCAUGAGUCUUCCCCAGUCCUCUGUCAAGACACCACCUGUACCAAAGUCAGCACAGACUGCCACUAAGAGCCAGUAUUCAGCUAAAGGGCCUCCAAAAAGUGGCAAAGCCCCAGCUUCAACCAGGAAACCACCCUCAUCUGGUAAGGAAGCAGUUAGUGGAGAUAAAAAACCUACCGCAAAGAAAAAGGAAGACGAUGACCAUUAUUUUGUUAUGACUGGAAGUAAGAAACCUAGGAAAUAAAUACAA